CAUCUACAUAUUUGCAAUGUCAGCCUUUUACAUUAAAGUUCUGAUGGAGGAAAAUAGCAGCACUGUCUGGAAGGCAAUGAAGGAGUCCCCUGCAUCAGUUAUUCUAAUGGCCUACUGUUUCAUCUCUCUGUGGUUCGUCGGUGGACUCACAGGCUUCCAUUUGUACCUUAUAGGCACGAACCAGACCACCUAUGAAAAUUUCCGGUACCGAGCUGACAGCAGGUCAAAUGUCUACAAUCGAGGUUGUCUGAAUAAUUUUCUGGAAGUAUUUUGCUCAAAAGUAGAGCCCUCAAAGAACAAGUUCCGAGCCUUUGUGCAAGAGGAGGUACUGCCACCUCCAGCCCCUCCUUUACGCGGGAUGGGAGCAGCCGAACAAGAUGAUUUGGGCGGGGAUCCACGGUCAAAGGUUGAAGAUGAUCUAGAUAUUGGUGAGGACCUACUGAAGAUUUCCCAGCGACAUAAUAUCGACGACAUUAACGAGGAUAUACGCAGCAGAGGGAGCACUGGUCCUCAGCUUAAUGUCUCAGAGGCUGACUCUAGUUUGGGUUCUGAUCAUCGAGCUCCCACAAUUCGAUCAGAUGCUCGUCACUCAAGUUGGGGUCGCAGAAGCGGAAGCUGGGACAUAGCAUCCGAGGUUCUUGCCAAUGCCAAUGUUACUGAAAGCAAAGCCUAUGCCCCUUCCAAAGAAACUCGUCAGUGACGAGGUUUAUCAUAUCAGCCAUUCCGAAUACAAACCAUGAUUCUAACAAUCAAAUUCAGGUGUCGAAAAGACGCUGGAGAAACGGAAUUUGUUCACUUCAGGCAUUAAGGUAUGCUCUAAUAUUUUGUGGAAAUGCUGCUUCUAAUUGUUGGUUGCUGGAAGAAGGUGAAAGAAUGUUUCUGCCAAAAUCUACUCUGCUUUCAUUCUCGUCUUUGAUGUUGAUAAUUUGUGUAACAUUGUCUGUGAACUGAGUUAUUUCCUGUGUGGUUUAUUCUUUGUGUAAUUAGUCACUACAUGAAGCUUGGACUUCAAAAAAAAAAAAAAAAAAAAAAAAAAAAAAAAA